CGCCGCGACACGAGACCAAGAAAAGCACACUGAAGUUAAGAGAAAUACGGAAUUUGAAAGAAGAAGAUGCGAAAAGAAAAAAAAAGAAGAAAACAAGAAAACAAGAGAUGAUGCUAUUUUGUCCGGCCGUCUACUAGCGCAUCUCCCUUGUUGAUCACGAGCUAUAUCCAUUGUGCGUUCAGUAUAAACAACUUGGCACAACUGUAUGGGAUUACCGAUAGUACACUUGCACAGGUAUGUCGUGAUACAACCUUUACGAGGCGGAUCCAGAAAAUGGGUUGCCAUGUUGCACGAGGGCAGCGACCAGUAGCCUAUCCAACCACUGGAAAUAGACUCGUCUCUGCUGCCGGUGUCACCGUGAGGAGAUGUUCUGUAGCCGAGUCCAAGUGGUACAGCCUAUUUGAUGCUAUUCAAUUUGUCGAGAUGCUGUUAGUCAAGAACUGGAAAUGUGCAGAAUCUCGCCGCCUCUAGACAUGUAGUCUAUCGCCUACCAAGUAUGGGCUAGAAUCUUGGGACAAUUUAGCUCGGAAGAAGCGACAUGAUGAAUGAAUUAUCAUGUUUAUAUUCAAAGCGGAGAAGGAAAAUUCUGAAACAAGCCGAGCCGAUACCAGUUCGUCGCUACUCAGACAUCAUCGGCUCUGUGUCAGCUCGAGCAGCACACAAUGCUCGAUUACGCCGUCGCCGUCGACGCACCUCGCCCUCGCCGUCGGAUCUCUGUCGCACAUAUUCUUGCAUAGCCCUCUCCUACUUUUCCAUCUUCGAAAAAAAUGCCGUUUUUUCAACAGCAUUGGCUUUUUGUGAAUGUGCAAAUACAGUGAGAUAUGGCUGGUGCUAGGCAUCUACAACUCACAUCAUGGACGACGAAACAAAGCACACGCCUGCCUCCAUCUGGGAUGACAGCCUAUCGAAUGAAGAGAUUGGCAGAAUCCAAGCAGCUGUAGACGAAUACGCCAAGUCUCAAAACGUCAUACUCUUCGCCCCAAUAAGCAUCGCAAUGGCUAUACUCCUCGUGGUUGUCACGUUAGCCAUCUUUUGCAGGAGACGGGCGAAGCAAAAGAAGAACAAUAAUCGCACAACUCUUACUAGCUUUCACCAAGCUGUCUUGCCAGCGACGCCUACACGGGCAGGCUCACCCUUCUUCUCAUCAUCUACAACAAACACUGCCAGCCCAGAGAGCGGCACCGUUACCCCUCCACCGCGUCUUCAAGAGCGUCGAUUUCUCCUAUCACGGGCGCUCAGUCAGAGAUCCAUCAGUGCAAGCCAACGCGGUAACAGAACAGCUUUUCACAUUCCCAUCUUCAAAUCGCCAGCACGGCCGCCGCGGCCCAUCUCUAGCAAACAGCUCGAUCUGGAGAUUGGCUGGGCAGUAUCACAGGCCGCCGAUAGCGUGGCUGCCGAGUCGACCUUUUACGCAUUCCCUAUGGAGCCAAUGCGACGACAGACAGUGCGCCGCCAAACAGCAAGCUAUACCGAUGAGGCUCUGUCGAGAAUCGAAGAGCAGGACGGCGUUGUCACGGCAGAAAUUGGACUAGCUACCGACUUUCCAGCGCCCAAGACGUCAGACGAUAUCCCGCUCAUACACGCCGAGUACUGCUACAACCGAAUACAGGAUAACUUUGGCCGAGUCCGAACACCGAGCCCUGCUCGAGUACAAUAUCGGCGGGGGCGAGCCCUUGGUGAAGAUGAUUUAGAGCUGCUGCGUCGAAGCUACGACGGGAGCCUGCCGACUUGGAAGUAACACUUGAAAUAGACUAGAAUU